GUUCCGCUUUCCAUUCAUGAGUUCUCACCCCGGAUAACCCGGCUCCGAGACACCACACCAAAUCCAAUCCAAUCUCCCCCUGCUAGUCAAGAUGACUCCCAGCUCCCUGUGGAACCGGACCGCUUGAAGCGAACAAGUAGACAGUUGUCACCCGGGCUGCCGUCGUUGCUGAAAUGAGAUAAUCAUCUUAAUAUGUCUCUAGCGGUCAACAUUAAACGCAAUCGUAGAAGAAGAAAUCCCGGAAAUGUCAAAGGAAAAUGGUGAAACAGGAUGGAAAAGCUGAUCAGUUGCUUCCAGAAAAAGCCGGAUGCUGUGGCCAGGUUGAUCUGUUUCCCCUGGGCAGGCGGAGGCUCCAUACACUAUGCACGUUGGGGGAGGAUACUUAAUAGCGCCAUAGAAGUGCUUGCUGUCAAACUUCCAGGCCGGGAGAGUCGGGGCAAAGAGCCUUUCUUUGAGAACAUGCACCAGAUAGUGGAUGAGGUUCUUCAUGUGUUAUUGCCACUGUUGAAAGAGAAGCCAUUUGCUCUCUUUGGCCACAGUUUUGGCGCUUAUACAAGCUACGCUGUUGCGGAUGCGCUGAAGAAACGCCAUAACAUUGAGCCAGCUCACAUCUUCCUGUCUGGUGCUUCUGCACCAUAUUCUGAUGUCCGCAUAAAAGCCCCAAAAAGGAGUGACUUCUCCGAUGAUGAUUUUCUCAAGUGGCUCACUUCAAUUGGAGGAACUCCGCCCGAGCUGCUGGCCAACCCGGAAGUGUUAAACCUUUUCAUUCCAGCUUUGAAGGCCGACCUGCACGUUGUGGAUAACUACAAAUGCGACAAGCCUGUCAGUCCAUUCCUCUCCUGCCCAAUCACAUGUUUGGAUGGGAAAGAUGAUAUUCCUCAUGAUCUGCAAGCAUGGAAAGACAUCACGACAGGAGAUUUCACCAUCAGAAUGCUUGAUGGAGCUCAUUUUUACCUAAAGGAUCCUGGAAAUGAAAGAAUAAUAACAGACUAUAUUACAAGGCACCUAGAAAUGUCAGAAAUGGACUAUUUGUAAUGAAACAGGCACAACAGUGUAUCACAAACAUCUACACAGAUCAAAUGCUGUUUAUUUGGCCUGACCACACUAUGGCAUUCUCUUAUGUUUUGAUAAUUAGAUGCAAAUUUAUACAUAAUCACAGAAUCAGCUUUUCAUAAAACUGAAGUUAAUUAUUAGUUAACAAUUACGCUAGAUGUUCUUUCCUAAUGCAACCCAAACUAGGAAUCAACACAUAUAAUCUGCCCUUAAUAAAAUGUUUAAUUUAAAAACUGCAUAUUGUUUUCAUUAUGUUGUCAUUGACUAAUAUUUAAAUUUGAUGAUCCGAAGUGGCAUACACACACCACUGUAUCUUAUGGUAGCCACUGGGCAUAUUGUCUCUUACUUAAUACGUUGACAGGUGUCGUCUACAUGUGACCAUCAUUAUUAGCAGGAGACGGUGGAGGUGGUGGUGGCGGCUGCUCGUCCUUGGCUCUGUUUUUGUCUUGAUUUCUGCGUGAUGACUGUCGCACCGCUCUGUUCCGUGUCCGUGGCUGACUCUCCCGGGAUCUCUGUGAGGGGCCCGCCACAGUGCUAUCAGGCUCCGUCUCUGGCAGCCAUUGUGGGGGAGGUGCUUGUUCUGCAGAGUCGAACUCCAGCUUGAAGGUUGGCCUU